CUCUUGUAUUGAUAUUAUGUCAAUAUAACAUCACCAUCCCUUCUUGAAGUUGUAGGCACUACCUCGCAGUAGGCAGAUUCUUUUGGAAUUUAGUCAAACUUCUGUGAUCAAAAUGCCUCGCGGAACAUCGUACGCUAACAAUUCGUAUAAUCGAAGUCUGGGUAGGGUUGGUAAGCCCAUGGGCAGUGCUCCGGUAUCACGAUCUAGUGGCGGAGGAAGAUCAAGUGGUGGUGGUGGUGGGGGUGCAAGUAGGUCACACGGUGGUGCAAGUAGUGGAUGUGCUAGUAGUUCUGGGGCAACUAAUAGGCCUACCUACGUCGACAAUUCUUACAACCGUAGCGUCGGUAGAGUUGGUAUGGAACGUGGAAGCAUGCCGAUCUCAAAAGGCUCAAGUAGCUCUGGCAGUACUUCAAGUUCUGCAUGCAAUACCUACGUCGACAAUUCCUACAAUCGUAACUUGGGGAGAGUUGGCAUGGAACGCGGAAGCAUGCCAGUCUCGAGAGGCUCAACUAGCUCUGGUAGUGUUUCAAGUUCAGCAUCUACCAAAACCUACGUUGAUAACUCUUACAACCGAAGCUUGGGUAGAGUUGGGAUGCAACACGGUACCAUGUCGGUCUCUAAAGGUUCUACAAGUUCUGCUUCGAGUUCAGUAUACGUUGAUAAUGCCUACAACCGUAGUGUUGGUAGAGUUGGAAUGAAACGCGGAAGUUUGCCAAUAUCCAAAGACUCCAAAACAGUCAUGAGUGGUGAUAUUAGGAAGACGCAAGGCACUGUGAAGCCAGAACCAAAGCUGUAUGCUGACAACGCAAUGAAUAGAAAACUAGGUAGAGCUAAUGAACCUUUUGGUAGUAUGCCGGUAUCAUCGAAGAACACUGCAACCCGUUAUAUGCAAGAGGCUUACAAUCACCACAUGUAUAACCCAAAUGAAGAGUUUCACCCACCAUUCACAGCAGAUGAUCUUGAUGAAUUGCUGGAACAGCGUCUGACAGAGAUGUUCAAUCGCCUGGAGUUAUCGAAAGAAGAAAAAGAACAAGCUCCUGUUAAAACGCCCUUCGAGUUGUACGAAGGUCCACUUAUUGAGCGGGCUCCUGUUAAAAAGCCCUUCGAGUGGUACGAAGGUCCAGUUAUUCAGUUCAGUGACCUUCAAAUUGGAAAGAUAAUUGGACAUGGUGGUUUCGGUGAUGUUCACCACGCCAAACUAAAGGGUAAAGAAGUUGCCGUUAAGAAGCUACGCGUCCAGCGUGUAAGUCAGAAGAAGCUGUCUCAGUUCGAAGAGGAAGUUCGAGUCUUCUGUAAACUUGAGCACAAGAAUAUCAUUACUUUCUACGGCGCAUGUAUCACAACACCAAAUCUGUGCAUCGUAAUGGAGUUCAUGGAAGGGAGUCUGUACGACAAACUGCACAUUGAACAGCACCAAUUCAGCGAUGAGGAUCAGAAGUUCAUCGCAAUGGAAAUUGCAGAUGGUUUGGUUUACCUGCAUUCAGAGAAUGUUGCACAUUGCGACAUGAAGCCGACUAACGUACUGAUCAACGUUGGUGACGACGUAGACAAACACGAAGUGAAAAUUACUGAUUUUGGAUUGAGCAAGAUGAAAAACUACGCUGACUCAUCGCGCUCUGCCAGGGCGGAAGAUCUGGUGAAAGAGGUUGGCACUCCACGCUAUUCGGCACCCGAAGUUCUACGUGGUGAAUUUCUUGACACAAAAGGAAUGGUGUUUGCAGAUGUGUAUUCGUUUGGUCUCGUCAUGUUUGAAAUAUUUAGCGGUGAAGAGGCUUUUGAUGAUUAUAAUGCUCAUCAAUUGAAGAAGCAUAUUGGAGAUGGUGAUCAUAAGCCCGACGUUGAUGGAUUGAAGCUUUCACACACAUUGCAGGAGUUAAUGUUGAAGUGUUGGGUUAGAAAUCCAACGGAACGACCAACAGCAAAGCAAUGUGUUUUGUCUUUGAAAAAAGCUGAUUAAUAUAAUACUCUAAAGUAUCGAUUUAGAAUUUAGUACAUCGUUUCAUGCUUCUGUGUAUUUAG